CCCUACCCUACCCACACCGGACUACUAUCCACACACGCCCACUAUGUUCUCUCGCAUCUCCGCCGUCUCCGCCGUCUCCUUCCUCACCCUCGCCGUCGUCGUCUCGGCCGGCCCCUGGGGCUCCAUGAAGCCCGAGUACAAGCCCGUCCCCGCACCCGUCCCAACCCCCGAGUACACCGCCGCUCCUGCGUACACCACCACGCCCUACAAGGACGACUACAAGGAGCCCGAGUACCCGAAGACCACCGCCUACGCGCCCGCAUACCCCAAGGACGACUACCCAUCCCCCGCGUACCCCACGGACGACUACUCCUCCCAGGAGUACCCCAAGGACGACUACAAGUACCCCGAGCCUGUCAAGGACGAGUACGAGCCGAAAAAAGAAGAGUACAAGUCCGACUACUUGGACGACUACCGGCGGCGCGACUAUGCCCCAGAGCCUCCCAAGGGCUACCCCGUCAACGACAAGCCCUACGCGGAUCCCAAGAAGGAGUACGACCCCAAGAAGGAGUAUGACCCGAAGAAGCCGUACGAUCCCAAGAAGGAGUAUGACCCGAAGAAGCCGUACGAUCCCAAGAAGGAGUACGACCCCAAGAAGGAGUACGACCCGAAGGACAAGGACUACAAGUCGGUCAAGGACGUGAAGGACGAGUACGCGCACGACAUCUACAACGAGGAGGAGCACAAGAUGCAGUGCAACUCGGGCCCUGUCCAGUGCUGCAACACGGUUGAGGAGGCGCGCUCGGAGGGUGCUGCUAAGGCUCUUGGUCUCCUCGGCAUCGUCCUGAACGACUUGAACACUCCCAUCGGACUCAACUGCGACUCACUUAACGCUGCGGGCUUUGGAUCGGGAUCCAACUGCGUAUCACAAACCGUCUGCUGCGACCGGACUGAGUUUGGCGGGCUGGGUAUCAACUGCAGCCCUAUCAACAUCGUUCUCUGAGCGAGAAGUCGAGUCGUCGAGGGCGAGAGAGCGUUGGUACAUUUUUAUCUAUAUUAUUCUGUCCUCGUCUGUCAUUACAUUGGAAGCUUCGCCGAUGGCUUGUCGGUGGCAUGGUGAAUGUAGUGAUUCCCAUGCGCGGC